UGCUGAGUUGACUGGAUCCCUGCCUGCCUGGUGGUUCGCGCAGAGCUUCGGCAGCCUUUAAUGAGAGCGCCUCACGCAUUCGCACGACUUGCGCCCUCUGUGCAGUAACUUUGAUGGGGACCUCGACAUUGAGCAGGGAAAAUGCCUGUGAUGAAGGGAUUAUUAGCCCCGCAGAACACGUUUCUGGACACUAUAGCCACACGGUUUGAUGGCACUCACAGUAACUUCAUCCUGGCCAAUGCUCAGAUGUCAAAGGGCUUUCCCAUUGUCUACUGCUCUGAUGGCUUCUGUGAACUCACAGGCUUUUCUCGGACCGAGGUCAUGCAGAAGAGCUGCGCCUGUAAGUUCCUGUACGGGCCUGAGACCAGUGAAAGCAUCAUCCUGAGCAUUGACGAGGCCUUGGAGGAGCGCAAGGAGUUUAAAGAUGAGAUCAUGUUCUACACAAAAACAGCUGCUCUUUUCUGGUGUCUCCUGGACAUUGUGCCUAUUAAGAAUGAGAAGGGGGACGUGGUGCUGUUUCUGGCCUCAUUUAAGGACAUCACCGACACUAAAGCCAAAACCACCCAAGAGGACAAGAAAGAAGAGCGACGACGCGGCAGGGUGAAACCCGGGUCUUCGUUCAGCUCGGCUCGUCUGCGGGGCAGCACCGUGCUCUACCACAUCUCUGGCCACCUCCACAGCAGGGAGAAGAGCAAGAUUAAAAUCAACAAGAAUAUGUUUGGAGAUCCACCUGCUCUACCGGAAUACAAGGUUGCAGAUGCCAAGAAGUCCAAAUUCAUCUUGCUUCACUACAGCACAUUUAAAGCCGGCUGGGACUGGCUGAUUUUGCUUGCCACCUUCUACGUGGCCGUGACCGUGCCCUAUAAUGUGUGCUUUAUCGGCGACGAUGACGAUCUGACUCGCAGCACCACCGUCAGCGAUAUCGGUGUGGAGAUUCUCUUCAUUAUAGACAUUAUUUUCAAUUUUCGCACCACUUUCGUCAGCAAGUCAGGCCAGGUAAUCUUUAACGCCCGGCAGAUAUGCAUCCAUUACCUGACGACGUGGUUCAUCAUCGACCUGGUGGCUGCGCUGCCUUUUGACCUGCUCUAUGCUGUGAAAGUCAGCGUGGUGUCCGUGGUGCACUUGUUAAAAACCGUCCGUCUGCUUCGUCUGCUGAGGCUCCUGCAGAAGAUGGACCGCUACUCGCAGCACAGCACCGUGGUCCUCACCCUGCUCAUGUCUAUGUUCGCCCUUCUGGCCCACUGGAUGGCCUGCAUCUGGUACAUCAUCGGCAAGAUGGAGAUGGAAGCCAAUGCCUACAACUGGGAUAUCGGGUGGCUCCAUGAGCUCGGAAAGCGCCUGGAGUCUCCUUACGGCGGGAUGGUAGAAGUUAACGCCACUGGCAGCGGUCCCUCCAUCCGCAGCGUCUACAUCGCUUCGCUCUACUUCACCCUCAGCAGCCUGACCAGCGUGGGCUUCGGCAACGUGUCCGCCAACACCGACGCGGAGAAGAUCUUUUCCGUCUGCAUCAUGCUCAUUGGAGCGCUGAUGCAUGCCUUGGUCUUUGGCAACGUGACAGCCAUCAUCCAGAGGAUGUACUCCCGAUGGUCUCAGUACCACACCAGGACCAAAGACCUCAAGGAUUUCAUACGUGUCCAUCAUCUGCCGCAGAGCCUCAAGCAGCGAAUGCUGGAGUAUUUUCAGACAACCUGGUCGGUCAAUAAUGGAAUUGACUGUAAUGAGCUGCUAAAGGACUUUCCGGAUGAGCUGCGAUCCGACAUCACCAUGCAUCUUAACAAGGAGAUCCUGGAACUGUCAUUGUUUGCCUCCGCCAGUCGCGGCUGCCUGCGCUCGCUGUCACUGCACAUUAAGACCUCCUUUUGCACCCCAGGGGAGUACCUCCUCAGACAGGGCGAUGCUCUCCAGGCCAUCUUCUUUGUCUGCUCGGGGUCCAUGGAAGUGCUGAAAGACGGAAUGGUGUUAGCCAUCCUGGGUAAAGGUGACCUGAUUGGAGCGAACUUGUCAUUAGACAACCGUGUGAUCAAAACCAACGCAGACGUGAAAGCCCUGACCUACUGUGACCUGCAGUGUAUAAACCUGAAAGGACUCUACGAGGUGUUGGACCUUUACCCUGAAUACUCUCACCACUUUGUGCAGGACAUCCAGCGGGACCUCACAUACAAUCUGAGGGAGGGACACGAGGCGCAUGUGAAGAUCAGACUGUCAACAGCAGCGCAGGAGACUCAGUCUGGGGUGAGGAGAAAUGGCCGCGUGGUUCAGGGCCAACCCAGGGUUACGGAGGCCCAGGAAGAACAGGACGGGGACGCAGACGAGGAGGAACCUGACCACGCCGAGUCCGUGUCUCUUUUGACGGAGCACAAUCGAGCGGAGAACCUCAGGGGCGCUGUUGGGAAGUCUCCUCUAUGCCAGCCCCGCCAGAAGACCAUCGCCCACUGCUUGGGGCGGUCUCAGACAAAAACCCACCAGGAAGUUACGCCAGCUGCACCUGACCCUUCCGACCUCAGCCCCAGGAUAGUGGAUGGUACUGAAGACAGCGAGGGAACAGAAACCUCCCAGACGUUUUCCUUUUCCACCAGCCUUAGCCGUGCUGUCAGCGAACCAACCAGUGCCUCGCCGUUGACCGCAGAUACGCUGCAUAUCAGCACAACAGGAUUAGCAGCAAAAGCAGAAGAGACCAGGGGACAACUGCGACACCUGGACCAGCAGGUGAGCACCCUGCGGAGGGAAGUAGCCGACCUCGGGCAGGUCAUGAAGAGAAUGGCCACACUGAUGGAGACCCUCACGCCGUCGGUGCCGCAACCUGCAGUGAUCUGUCCUACGCAUUGCUCCCCAGCUCACCACACAUACCUGCACUGUCCCUCCCCUCCUCAGCCUUACCAUUCCCCGUCUAAGGCUACCUCCAUCUGGACAGACCCUCCAAUGCCGUUGCCCUGCUCAACUCUCACGAUCUCCCAGCAGCAUGCUGCAAUGUGCUACGCGGACUCUCUGGUGCACAGGCCGCAGAGCCUCCAGCUAGUUUAUCCAGCUAUCCCCAGGUCAACUCCCCCUUUAACUCCCGACUUAUCGUCUCGGCAGCAACAGCCGCCCUCCGGCAUCUCAGAGCCUCUGAUGGCCCAUGGCUCUAUCACGUUAAGGGUACACAGUCCACCUCUGCGGGACGGAGGGGAUGAGGACCCCCAUAGGAGCCCUGGAUGCUCUUCUCACACUGGGCCUGUAAGACUCUACCCAAGCCCGAGCCAGGGUUUGUAGCAGACCUCCAAUAGAACCUCCCUGGACUCUGCAGGACAAUUUCCAGAACUCUUUUUUUUUUUUGGGAUAUUCCUGAAUUAAAUAUGGGCCUGUUUAGCUGUGGUCUUCAAUAUUGCAGCAAGGUAUCAACAGUAGGAGAAUGCAACAAGCAGUUCUUUUUGUGUCAUAUGCUUUUGAAAAUCCAAUCGCAUGAGGACAAGAACUGAGUGUUUAGCUGUAUUAGCUUUACCAUAUUAAAAACUUAAUGUUCCUACGUGGCAUGUAGAGGCUUGAGUCACUUUGGGAGUUUAAUUGUGGUACAUCUUGAGGAUCACUGAACUGGACCCGUCAUGGAGGACUAGAUAUCGACGUUGUAGAAGAGCGCUAUGGUCUUGGCUCUCCUUUUUUUCUUCCUCUUCUGCCAAUUAACGCUUCUUUCCUUGUACACUCCACCACUGUUGGAUGCUUGAGGAUGUGAUGGAACAAUGUACGACUGGUUGAAAUUGGAAAAGAGGGCAUUGUGGGAAGAGAGAUGGGUGGCGUCUUGUACUCUUUACCAACGUGCCCAAGGGGAGAAAGGGGGUAAAGGAUGGAGGAAAAUGUCUGCUGGAACAGAGCUGGUGGUUGUGGGGGACUCAUGUUAUGCCUUGGGCAGCAGAACCCCUGCUGUGGUCUGUCAUGCUGAGAACAGGGACUCUUUGCCCCCCUACUUUGUCUCCCCCCCCAACCCCUCUACCCCUGUUUCUCUCUGCAUGCCUUUCCAAACCUUUUCAGUAGUGCCUGUAGACACACAUUAACAUGCUGCAUGUUGCUCCAUGGAGAUCCAGCUUGCCAUUUACCUUUCUAUUUCAAGGAAACACGGUUUGGUAUUUUAACCCGUUAAACCUGGCAUUUACUGAUGCAUAUUUAGCAUAGUUCACCUCUGUUUAAGCCAGGUUUAUUUUAGGCACAAGGUAGUCUCUCCAGUUGUAAAGUGGCCCGGAGCAAGUGCUCUUCAAUUGGCUCACGAGCACGCUGUAAUGCAUUUAGCUGAUUGGCAUCCAGGGUCAGCACCGCUGAGAUUCAUUUCAUGCAGCUGCUAGGAUGAAGGCAAUAUUCCCACCUAAAGCACAAUGGGGACAUAAACACACUUUUAUAUAUCUAUGAAUGUAUCCAGACUUAGGAUGUAUUUUUUUUUUCUACUUCAGAUGAUUUGGUUGUGUGCAAUGGCCACAAACAAUGCAACUGUACAGGAAGCCGUGGCUGUGCUGUUUGCUGGUAUCAUCCGGUAGAUCUGCUCCUGUCUUUUCAACUCCUGUAGGUUUGACUCGGCCAAUCUGAAAAUGGAAUGUACUGUAAAGGCCUUUUCCCUUUUUUACAUUUAUCAGAUAAACUCAUAUGCUAUUAAAAAACAAAUAUGACUGUUA